GGACCGGAAGUUUGACCGUCACAACCGGAAGUUGGACCGGCAGCCAACAUGGCGGCGCCCGCAGAGCGCUGCUCGUGAAGGAGAUUCACUUCAAUUUCUGUUUGUCAUGUGUGGUUUCCUGAGAGUGUGUUGGAUGUAUGAAGGAUGAGUUGCCGCUGCCUCCUGCAGCCGCAGGUUACCAGGCUGCUGGGGCGGUCGCCCAGGCCUGCACCCAGGCUGCAGUCGCCCAGCCCAGCACCCAGCCCUGCACCCAGGCCUGCACCCAGGCCUGCACCCAGGCUGCAGUCGCCCCUCGACGUUCAUUUUAAGGUGCAACACGGCCUACAGCAUCAGGUGGUGAGGUGUUUCCACAGCAGCCCAGCGUGCUGCAAGAGCGGGCCUGGGCCUGGGUCUGGGUCUGGGCCUGCGCCUGCUCCGUCUGCUGACGAGGACAAGAAGAAACAGUCAUUAGUGGUCCACGAUGACUUGUUUGAGCAGGUGGCCAAACAAAUCAAAACCAAGGCCACGUUCAACAAAGUAAUUGACGUUUUCAACAAAAGAGACAUCAGACGUCGGGGUCACGUGGAGUUUAUCUACGCUGCUUUAAAGAAGAUGCCGGAGUUUGGAGUGGAGCGAGAUCUGAGCAUCUACAACAAACUGCUGGAUGUUUUUCCUAAGGAGGUGUUUGUGCCCAGAAACUUUAUCCAGCGAAUGUUUAACCACUAUCCCAGACAGCAGGAGUGUGGGGUGCAGUUACUGGAACAGAUGGAGAACUACGGUAUAAUGCCCAAUAUUGAGACAAAAGUGUUGCUGGUCCAGAUCUUUGGAGAGAAGGGCCACCCGAUGAGAAAGUACCAGCGGCUCAUGUACUGGUUCCCCCGGUUCAAGCACGUCAACCCCUUCCCCGUCCCCCAGCAGCUCCCUGAGGACCCAGUGGACCUGGCUCGCUUCAGCCUGACCCGCAUCGCUGCUGACCUGGACGCUAAGGUUACCGUCUACCAGCUGCCUUGUACAGACGUCACAGAGAGUGGAGAAGAAACCACACUCCCCCAUGUAGUGGGUAUCCAGAGUCCGGACCAGGUGGAACUGCUGGCCAAACACGACCCCAGCAGGCCCGUGUUUGUGGAGGGGCCGUUCCCCCUGUGGCUGAGGAGGACCUGCGUCCACUACUACGUCCUCAGGGCCGACCCCGCACCCCUGGGAGACAAGACGGAGGAACCCGCUGAUCCUGAGAGGUGUUUUGAUUAUCCUCUGCAGCUAGACCUGGAUCUGGACCGUGACCUGGGGGAAGAAGAAACCUUUGACGUAGAAGAUUUGGACGAGGGUCCGGUCUUCGCCAUGUGCAUGACCAACCAGGGAGACCAGGCCACCCUGAACACGUGGAUCUCCGGCCUCCAGCAGAACAACCCCAUCCUGGGGGAGGUGCCCACCCUGUUCCGCCUGGACUCUGGACCCAGAGAACUGCAGACGGCAGCUGACGCAGAGUCAGGGCACAGUCACGACCCCCGUCACGACCCCCGUCACGACCCCCGUCCGGACAAUCAGACACACGAUCCACAUCCUGGAACAGAGGCCGAGCUCACAGAGGAAGAGGAGCCCAGGAGAAGCCACGGAGUCAAGCAAUAAACUCUGGGACGAUAAAUGUAAAAUCAGGCUUUUAUUUGUGAUGUACAACGGAGUAUUAGGGCCAAACUAAGACAAAAAAAAUGGCAAAUUACGAGAAUAAAG